AUGGAUGGCCAGGCAGCCCAACAGCCUGCCACCAACCAGUCAGUCCCACCACAGCAGCAGCCAUCUUUGAUCCGGACAGACCAGGUGGCCAAGCUACCGCAUCUCAACGAUGCUCAGAAAUCGCAACACACCCAGCUAGUCCGCGGGCUAUGGGAUAUUCUCAAUUCACGCGAUCCGUCGACCGAAGAAUACCGAAACGCACAAAUGCGGCUGAUGCAGGUGUCGCAAAGCCUGAUGAAGGGAAUGCAACUAUUUAGAACGAAACUGCAACAGCAGCAACAGGCGCAGGCACAGGCAGCCCAAGCCCAGGCUCAGGCCCAGGCUCAAGCCCAAGCUCAAGCUCAGGCGCAAGUACAACAGCAAGCUCAGCAGGCUCAAAUACAACCGGUGCAGCAGCAGCAACCUCAACAACAGGCACAGCCCGCUCAAGCUCCACAAGGCGCUCAAUCGAACAGCAAUCCAACGGCAUUCAGUCAACUUUUACCAGCUAUCCAGGCCAAGGUCAAUACUGUGCAAUUCCAGUUACCUCCUAAUGGCACCCGCGAACAAACCGCCAACUGGCUAAAUGAAGCCAAGCUUCGGUAUGGCAUGGCGCUGCAGAAACAAGAGAUUGGACGGCAGCGAAGUUUAGAAGUACGACAACAAGUACAAGCACGUCAAAGUGCUGGAGGUGCUGGGUCGAUAAGCGCAGAGGAGAUGACUACGUUCAGAAAUCGACAGCUACAAGCCGAAAAGCUGUUCCGCGAAGGACAAGAGUUUUUGAAGAAAUUUCAAGAGCAGCAGGAAGGGUUCAGGGCUGCUCGAGCAGGCGCCGCAGGACAACCGCAACAAGGUGCCGCUGCGUCAGCAGGACAACCACAACCACAAGCGCCGAGUCAGCCAGCCACUACGACGGCAACUCCCGUUAGCACAAAUACUCCCGUUCACCCAGCACAGCAACAAGCUCCUGCACCGCACACUGUCAAUUCUGCUGUCAAUGCAGCUAGGGUGCAAGCUGGCCAGGCACAACAGCCAAGUGUCCCUACUACACAAGCAGCUCAGAUUCCAACUACUGCGCCUCAGGCACAAAUAUCAACUCCCACAGCAGCCACUCCAGUAACAGCACAACCCCCUGCCCAGCCCGCUCAAGCCACGGCUCCCACGGACGGAGCCACCAUGGCAGCUCCUGGAGCUCAAGGACAACCCCGCCCUCUUUCCCACGAAGCUGCCAUUUCCCAAGCUGCAAAGUCCUACCAAGGCAACAAUCAGCAAGCGCAGCCAAACCAACCAGCCCAGCAGGCAGGUACUCCUCAGUCAACUGCCACCCACCCUCACCCUCCUGGUUACAUUCAGAAUCGCUCUAGUGAAAGCACCACUCGAAACCACAACAUGGCCAUUCCAAAAAAUUUGAACGUCCCAACUCCUGAGCCUGUUGCAAUGGGUACUCCUCGUCCUACUCUUUCUGGUGGUCCCAGCCACGGCGCCAUGGGUGUCAUGGGUCAGCCUGCUAUCCAGAAGCAUCCUGGCUACGUUCUUGAAGGCGAAGGUCAGCGCGUUUUGAGCAAGAAGAUGCUCGACAUUUUGGUUCGCCAGGUCACUGGUGGAGGCGAGGGUGAAGGCCUCACUCCUGAUGCUGAAGAGUUCAUCCUCCAAAUGGCCGACGACUUUGUCGAUGAUGUCAUCACAGCAGCCUGUCGUCUCGCCAAACUCCGCCCCUCGUCCACCCUCGAGAUUCGCGACAUCCAGCUCGUGCUUGAACGCAACUACAACAUGCGCAUCUCUGGCUUUGCUACUGAUGACUUGCGUACUGUCAAGAAGCCUCAGCCUGCUCAGGGUUGGACUCAGAAGAUGUCUGCCGUUCAAGCUGCCAAGGUUACUCAGGGCAAGACUGAAUAA